AUGGAACGGUGGGAGGGGGCCACGGGGACAGCCUUCAUCCCUGCUGGGUGGGGCGCCGGGCUCGGACCGCGCCCGGGCUCGCCCUGUUCUGUCUCGCCGCCCUGCUGGCCGCCGCUGCCGGGCUGCCCCCCCCCCGGCUCCGCGCCUCCCCCCGAGCCCGGCAGCGGCAGCGGCGGCCCCGCCGACAGCAGCCCGGCACCCACCGCGCGGCCCCGCGGCCCCACCGCCCGGCCCGGCCCCGCACCGCCGCCCCCGGAGCCUCCCCGGGAGGAAGCGGAGGAGGAGGAGGAGGAGGCGGCGACCGCGGGCCCCGCAGGAGAGCCAUGCAACUGCAGUGCUGUGGGAAGCAGUGGGUGCCACGACGCUCCGGGACGCUGCACCUGUCUGCCAGGCUAUGUGGGGCUGCACUGCGAGCACUGUGCCCAUGGCUUCCACCCCGACCACAGCCAGCAGCACUGCCUGCCCUGUGCCUGCAGCCCCACUGGUGCCCUCGGACCCAGCUGCGAUGAUGAUGGGAAGUGCCAGUGCAAAGUCGGUGUGACAGACCUGAAGUGUGACCGGUGCAGUGAUGGGUAUUACAGAGCCAACAGCACCUGUGAGCCGUGCCAGUGCAACAACCACUCCAACACCUGCGACCGCCUAACAGGCACCUGCCUGCACUGCCAGGACAACACGGAGGGGAAGCACUGCGAGCUCUGCAGGAGUGGCUUCUACAGGAGCGCCCACAGCUGCCACCGCUGCCCCUGCUCCACUGUGGCAUCGACCGGCACCUGCCAGAUCCAGCCUGGUGAAGCUGCCCCAACAUGUGACAAGUGCAAAGUUGGUUACACUGGCCCCAACUGCAACCAGUGUGCCGACGGCUACUACAACUCCGACAGCAUCUGUGUCAGGUGCCACUGCAAUGGGAACGUGGACCCCAUGCUGUCCCCCAGCAUCUGCAAACCAGAGAGUGGCGAGUGCAUUGGGUGCCUGUACCACACUGCUGGCUUCCACUGCCAUGAGUGUGAGGACGGCUACGUCAGGGACCCUGAGGGAAUCAACUGCACCAGGAAAGAAGCCACUCUUGGCCCAGAAAUAACAGAGUUUAUAAGUCCUGCUCCGAACACUAGCAAGGCAACGUCACUCCCAACUGCAGUGACAAACAGUACAUUGUCACCAACAACUAUACAGACUAUAUUCCCUUUAAGUUCCUCUGACAAUAGUACCUCUGCUUUUGCAGAUGUUUCUUGGACUCAGUUUAAUAUAAUUAUUUUGACAGUCAUCAUCAUUGUCGUGGUCCUACUAAUGGGCUUUGUGGGUGCUGUCUACAUGUACCGUGAGUAUCAAAACAGAAAACUUAAUGCUCCUUUUUGGACCAUUGAACUCAAAGAAGACAACAUCAGCUUCAGCAGCUACCACGACAGCAUCCCCAACGCUGAUGUUUCGGGGCUGCUGGAAGAUGAUGGGAAUGAAGUGGCACCGAACGGACAGCUGACGCUGACGACUCCCAUGCACAAUUUUAAAGCUUAGAAGAGGAAGCAAUCCAGCUGUUCCAGAGUUGGCUUCAAGAAGUUACAGGGCUUGUUGAAGGGGUAUCAGGAUCCGUGCCAAGGCUCCGUGCAGAGGAAUUUGCUCUUCAGGUACUCUUAGCUGGGCAUGCUGUAGCUUGCAGGUGAACAGGAGGAAGCUGUAGUGCCCGAACGGCAGGUAACGUGGUGAAAUGCAUUCAGUGUGUUGUUCUCCAUAAGGACCCACAUAAUUCACUGUCGGUACAAGACUCGAUUAUGCUGAUCUUAAAAUAUCCUUUUCAUGUAGAGGUGAUGGGGCAGUGAAAGCAAUGCCCCAUUAAUCAGAAGCUACUCUGUUUCCAGCCAACCUAACACUUAUGCCUGCAUCUUUAGCUUGAAAAGUAGCUUAUGGAUUAACAGUGGGUUUUCAGGAAACAGACCUUUGUAAAGGCUUUGUAUUACUUCCUGAUGUGAAUUUGCUUGAAAAGGAGGACAAAAAAUGGGAAAUGAUUCUUUAUUGUACUACCAAGCAAGUAGAGGAGUGAGUUGCACACUUGAACAAAAGUCACCAUUAACAGUUUCCACAAAGCUGGGAAACAGGAAAAAAUAUCACAAAGAUAUUGGAGUUAGGGAGGAGAGUAAGCUUUUCCCUUUCUGAGUAUUUAUACAGGGUGAUGAUGCUAUUAAAACAUAGCAAUCCACUUUUUCUUUUUUUUUCUAGAAGAGGUUAAUGAACUUGUAUAGUUUCUGUGCAAGGGAAGACGACAAGACAUCUCAGGGUUGCUGUGUACAAAUAAAAGCUAGGCUUAAUACCCUACCCUGAUAGCAAUGGUGUGUUCUGUAUAUAAAAUGUAAUAUAUCUUCUUGGAGCUGUAUUUGUAAUUAUUUGUAAAAAAAAAAAAGACAAACAACCAAAAAAGCCAACAGCAAAACCGUGGACCCCUCCCCAACCUCCUCUGUUCCCCAGUCAUAUUUUAUCAUCUAGAUUUUAAUUGUACAGUGAUUAGUGGCAUUGUUUAAAAAGAAAAAAAAAAGAAAAAAAAAAAAAGAGGUUGUUUAAAA